UAGCUAAAGUUUAAGGUUAUUAUUAAUGACUGUCGCGUCCUGGUCGCUGGGAGCAGGGCGAUUAAAGCCCAUACUAUUGUUAUUGUAAUGAUCGCAUUGUGCAUAUCAAUAUAAAGUGACGGCCAUAUUUGCCGGCUGCCGCUGUGCUGUAAACAAAAAGUGUCGGAGGAGACGGAGACGCUUCAGCGCUUUCAGGACGCUUUCAUUUCUUCUGUUUAUAAUGUCUCUGGGAAUGUCUUACAAACCCAACGUCCAUAAACACGUUCCGGGAACUUCCGUGAAUCAAGCAUCUGCACAUUCGCAGUCUCCGACCUUAGCUACACUGCAGUCUUUCGGGCCUGUCGUGAGUGACUUUGGAACACCAUCUUUGGGGAUUCCCCAGAGCACCAUCGGAACACAAGUGCCUCAAAACAAAUAUUCUGAGCUGUUGGGCAUCAUUGAAGAGCUGGGAAAGGAAAUCAGACCAACCUAUGCUGGGAGCAAAACAGCCAUGGAAAGGCUAAAACGUGGGAUCAUUCAUGCCAGAGGUUUAGUGAGAGAGUGCCUGGCAGAAACUGAAAGAAAUGUAAGAUCCUGAAGGCCAGCUCAAAUGUUUCAUCAGAUGCAAGCCAGGGUUCCAUUCCCCAGAAGCUACAGCUGCGAAAGACAAUGUACCAACAUGCAAAAAUAAUUUUCCCAUACUACUCUGGCAGAACACCAAACUGGCCUCUUAUCACACAUGAUACAAGAUUUUGUAACAUUAUAUGAAAAAUAAAAAGCAAAAACUUGAAACUGUA